AGCGGGGUAAUCGACUCGAUUGCCUGGGCUUCCAUUUUGCGCGGGGGACGACAGAUGCCGGAAAGGUGGCGAGUUUCUUUAAACGAAGAAAAGCAUGGAAAUGGCAACUGUACUUUGUAACAGAGCUAGACUGGUGACAUACCUGCCGGGAUUUUAUUCUUUGGUUAAAAGGGUUAUAACUCCCAAGGCUUUUUCCACAGCAGGAUCUUCUGGCUCAGAUGAGCCUUCCGUUGCUGCUGCACCUCCUGACAUAUGUCCAAAAACAGUGUGGCCAGAUGAAGUGAUGGGUCCUUUUGGCCCCCAGGACCAAAGAUUUCAGCUACCUGGUAAUAUAGGUUUUGACUGUCAUCUAAGUGGGACGGCACUUCAGAAGACAAGACAAGUUCAUAAAAAAUUGCCUGAUUUACUAAUGGAACCCUUGGCAAGUGAAAGGCAUGAAUUUGUGAUGGCCCAGUACGUCAACGAGUUCCAGGGCAAUAAAGCUGUUCAUAAACAAGACAUUGCCAAAGCCAAAAGUUACUUUGAAACUGCCAAAGUAGAAUGUGUGAUACAAGCAUGCCCAGAACUGUUGCGCAAAGAUUUUGAGUCAAUGUUUCCUGAUGUUGUUUCCAGUAAUAUAACAGUACUAACGGUAACACAGAAAACUGUAAACGAUAUGACUGGGUGGAGUGAAGAGGUAGAAAAUGAACGAGAAGGCCUCAUUGAAAAUUUUAUCAACGGUGCUAAGGAAAUUUGCUACGCUUUGUGUUCUGAAGGCUACUGGGCAGACUUUAUUGAUCCGACUUCUGGAUUAGCAUUCUUUGGCCCUUACACAAACAACACUCUUUUUGAAACUGAUGAACGCUAUCACCAAUUAGGAUUUCUUGUGGAAGACCUAGGCUGCUGUAAAGUUAUUCGGCAUAAUAUAUGGGGGACUCAUGUUCUAGUUGGAAGCAUAUUUACCAAUGCUAACCCUGACAGUCCUAUCAUGAAGAAACUGUGUGGGAAUUAAUAGCACCUUUUCACUUAAAAGUUGGUUAAUAAACAUUGUUAGCGGUAGAUAGAUUAAGUAAUGCUGAUUUAUAGAUAGGAAAAGUUCUAUUAUUUAUUCUAGGUUUUGUAGUAUAUGAUUUAUAUAUCAAUGGAACAUUUUAUUUUUGAGAUCAUGUAUGUAUGUAUGCAUGCAUGUGUACACACACGCACACAUACAUAUGUCUCUGAAAUCCUGAGCUCAUUCAUGUAAAUUAAAUGAAACCCCCUCAGCAAUUUUAUUUGAGAGUACAAAUCCUCAACACUUUCACCUUACUUCAGUUACACAUCUUCGGUUAUAACAUUGAAGAAGGAAAAUGUGGUUGCACAAUUAAAAUAACUAUCUCAACCAUCUUCAUUUUUACCAGAACCAGUGUUAUAUGUUGUUUGAAUAUUACCAAAAUAGCUCAACUUGGUUAUUGAAAAAAUGGGAUUCACUUGGAUUCUCUUGCAACUGAUGAUAAAACAUAAAGCAACACAACACUAUUGUGUGUUAGCAUGCAAUGUUUCAGGUGCAAUUCAACCUCUUGACUCUAGCUCGCCAUAUUGUGGCUCACUCCUUGAAUACAAGUAUACAUUGAAUUCUUUUAGCAAAUAAUUAUCAUCUCUUGAGGCAUUACAGCAGGUUAAAGGUGGCUGUUUUGUUUCUACAAGUACACGGUACAUUGAAAUUGCCCGACGCAUCAGUUUAUAUUGAAUAUCUUUAGCAGUAGGGUGUCUCAGGUUAACAUUCCUUAGUUGGAUUUGGGUUGUAGUAUCAGUUAAAUGCAACAGCUGUCACUGAGCUUCUACAAUAAUUCAUGGUUACAUUGAUGAUUUGAGAUUCAGGUCAGUGUGCACGUUGGUUGGAAAGUGAUGUAUAAUAUCAUUUGUAUAUGUGUAAAUUUACCAUUUGAAUUUUUUUCUCUGUGAUUUUGUUUACAGUAGUUGAAGGUGCUACAUACGAUCAAACACUUCUAUAGGCUAAAUCUUAUGGUUUAUGGAUGCUGUAAAAUAAGAAAACGGUAAAUGAUCCGAUUGGGCUGAAUAUUUUAAAUUGAAAGCGAGUGUUAAAAUGUUUUAAAUGCAUCUACAAACUGCUAUGCCUAUGGAACAGCACACAACAUCCACUUUUGCUGCAGAUCUUUCCUGCCUGACUACCUUCAUACCUUCGAAAAGUGAAGCUAGGUUGAGGUAGUUUGUUUACUGUUGGGGGCCAUUCCAGUAAUGGGGAGACACCAUUUUUCCAUUCGAGGUCAAGAAAUCUUCCUUGUGCCUCCUUGGGCAGCAGCACCCAACCUUUUGGGCACCAGGGACCAGUUCCAUGGAGAGAGGUUUUUCCGCAGAUCGGGAGUGGUUUCACAUACCACCUCCUUCCACAGAUGGGUCUUCACUUGUUUGCACAGCCCUGUUUCUGGCAUGCCAUGGCCCGGUGCCGGUCCACAGAUCAGGGGUUGGAGGCCCCUGCUCUUGGGUAAGGAGGAAAAACAAGUCAAAAAAUAGAAUUUGUUUCCGGGGAAGAUUUUAAUUUUCUGUCAGACCACUCAAACAGCAGCAUCUUUGAUCACUUCCUUUUGCUGAGUGCCUCAACCUGCCUUCAAUUUUCUUAGCAAGCAGUUGUGGUAAAGUUGUUCCAGACGUUGCACUACGAAUAGUUUGAAUUAAUUUGGCAACCUUUAAACCAAAUUCUAGGGCAGAUGUGUAUUGUUACUGAUUUGUAGCAUCAUGGGAAGCUACCUUGGGAGCAGUGGUAUUGUGCAAUUUCUGCUCAUUUGCCUUUAAAGAGGAAAGGCUCUGCAGGAAGGAAAGAUCUGUUGUGGGGUUUUUUGUUUUUUUCUUCUUUCAUAUUUAUGUGGAUAAGAUAGACAAGAAAGGGAAAGAUAUUGUAUGUUAAAUGAAUUGCUGGAAGAUGAUCAGGAGAAAGCGGAUCUUUGCCAAAAUCAAAUUUUUAGAGCUAUCCGUUUCUUGAGGUAAACUUUUAUUUAUUUUAAUUUUAUUUUGCAACUAUUGGCAGGCUGCUAUUGAGACAGCUUCAUGAACUGUAAAUUUAAGUAUAAUUUGAAAUCUGCUAUAAGUACACCUAUUUUUAUACUGAAUAAAUGCUGGAACAAGAAAUACUGUAAAUACUCAUUAGUCCUGACAUAAUUUCUAAAUUGUAUAUUGGAACUAAUUUAAGAAAUAAAGUGGAGAUUCAGUA